AUGGCGUCUUCUUCGCCUGUUGUCGUCUUCGGCCGACAGACGUGGGCGCUGACCCGGAAGAACCUCAUUCAUCUCGUGAUUCGCCGGUGGCUCGCCACAGCCAUCCAGUGCCUGAUACUGCCCAUCGUUCUGAUCGGCGUCUUUACCAAUAUCCAAAACUUCGCCCGCCCCAAGAGCGUCCACGGCUUCGGCGCCCCAAACACUGUCCGCUCCUUCGAGGAUAGCCUCAGCGGCGGCCGCGACUUUCUGAUCGUUGCCAAUGCCAGCCGAGGCAGUGACAUUCAGAGAGUCGUCCAAGGUCUCCGUGACCAGGUGGCCAAGCGCGAUAACAAGCUGGUCGUCGUGGACAGGUGGCAAGACAUAGAAUCCCGUUGCAUCGUGAAUCGUCAGGGGUUCUCCAACUGCCAUUCUGCUGUUUGGUUCAAGGAUUCCCCAUUGAGUCGCCCGAAUGGGACUGGUAACUGGACUUAUAGCAUCCUAAUGGACCCUGGCCAACGCUUCUCACUGAGUUUCGAUGUCUUCGACUACAACUCGGCCGAGUUGGCCACAGUCGUCCCCCUGCAGCUUGCCAUAAACGCCCUGAUUACAAACAGAACGCAGCCCAGCCUUCAAGUCUUUCAGUUUUCUGAAACCACCCAAGACGAGGCCGACCAGAAGUUCGAAAUCGAGUCCGCGAAGAACACCCGCGCUUCCCUCGCUCUAAUAUACUUCCUGACCCAGCUGCUUGGUGUCUACCUCAUCGUCGGGUUCAUCACUACCGAAAGGGGCCAAGGCAUCUCUCAUCUGGUCGAUGUCAUGGGUGGCGGCGCAGCGGCGGCGAGAGUGUGCAGCAAUAUCCUCGUCUUCAACGCAUUGUACCUGCCGUAUUCUAUAACAGCUGGCGUGCUGUACCGCCAAUAUGUCCUCCCGCUGGCCCACCCGGCCCUCGUCCUGUUUUGGUCUAUCCUCGCCACCAUGGCCAUCAUCAACUCGGCCGUCUUCGCCGCCAGCUUUUUCCGUGGUGCCAGGCUCUCGAGCGUUGUUGCCGUAGCAGCGAACAUCGGCCUUGCUGCCGGCGCGCUCAUCGUGGACAGCGACACAUACGGUAGCGAGGGGACGGCCAUCGCCCUUGCGUUUUUGUUCCCUAGCGCCAACUUUAUUCACACGCUGUGUCUAAUGGCCCGCUCUAUCGAAGCCCAGACGCCAGUGGAUGUUGGCAAGGUGUGGAUGGAUAUAUACAAGAUCAGGCAGCCUUGGACUCCCGUUUUGCCUCGCCCCCCAGAGCCGAGCUCACAAGUUAUUGGCCUCAGCAUUUGGAUGUACCUCAUUUUCGUCGUCAUCCAGGUUCUUGCCUACCCGCUCCUUGCCAUCCUCGCCGAACGCCUACUGCAUGGUGUCAGCUUUAAGAGGAGGAGUUUCGUGCAAGGACCCGAGGCUGAUGCUUCGCCUGCCGCCAUCGAGGCUACCGGCCUCCGGAAAGAAUACCCUCCAUCCCUUCUGAAGAAGAUAUUCUGCUGCGCUAGCAGGAAGUCUACCGUCACCGCCGUCGACGGGCUCGAUCUCGUGGCGCACAAAGGGCAGAUCCUGUGUCUGCUUGGUGUUAACGGUAGCGGCAAGUCGACCACGCUCGAUAUCCUCAGCGGCCAUCACUCCUCCACGGCCGGCCAGGUUAAGAUCAGCUCGGCUCCGACAAAGCUGGGCGUCUGCCCGCAAAAGAACGUCUUGUUUCCCUACCUGACCGUCCUGGAACAUGUCAGGAUCUGGUCCAGGAUCAAGAACGGCCACGAGGACGAGGAGGAAAUCCGCGGUCUCGUCGAGUACUGCGACCUGAAGAACAAGAUUAACAGCCAGGCCCGGCACCUGAGCGGCGGCCAAAAGCGAAAGUUGCAAUGUCUGGUGAUGCUCGCGGGCGGCAGUACGACCUGCCUGAUCGACGAGGUGACCACGGGCCUGGAUCCCAUCUCCCGCCGCUCCAUUUGGAACAUGCUCCUGGGUAUCCGGGCGACCAGGUCCGUCAUCUUUACCACGCACUUCCUGGACGAGGGCGAGUCCCUGGCCGACCAGAUCGUCCUGCUCUCCAAGGGCAAGGCCAUGUGCCAGGGCUCGGCGGCCGAGCUCAAGAGCAAGUACGGGGGCGGCUACACCGUCCACAUCCCCAAGACCGACCCGGCCCCUGACAUGGGCGUGCCCGUGACCACGCACCAGGAUCGCAUCUGCUACAAAGUGCCAAGCACGGCGGCGGCGGCGACCUUGAUCUCAAAGCUCGAGAAGGACGGCCAGCGCGGCAUCGCCAUGUCAGGCCCGACCGUCGAGGACGUCUUUCUCCGGCUGACCACGGAUGUGGACGAGAUUCUGAAGCGCGAGCUCGGUGACGGCGGCAGGUUGCCGGCAGGGGGCGCGUCGCUGCCCGCCGCAGCCCUUGCUCCCGGAAAGCCCAUCUCGUCCUUCCGCCAGAUAGUGGUCCUGAUGAGGAAGCGCCUCACCGUUCUCCCGCGGUACUGGGUGGCGCCGCUCCUGGCGCUCGCCCUGUCCUGCGCCGUGCCCCCGCUCUGCCGGCCGCUACUGAACGUCUACAAGAUGGGCCGCAUGGUCCCGUACGAGCGGCCUGCAUGCGAGGCGAGGGACGAGACUAGAGAGCCUGCGCGAAUCUACGAGCCUUAUGCAUACCCGGCCCUGCCAAACAUCUACCCAUCGGAGGUGGUCCCCAUCGGCCCGCCGUCGGUCAACGCCUCGCUGACCCGGGCCGUGUACACCAUGUAUCCUGGCCUCCAGGCGCGGUACUGGCCCAACCUGAUCUUUGUCAACACGGUGGAGGAGUUCCAAAACACGGUCCGGGACAACAAGGACAAGGUGAGCCAGGGUAUCUUCGUCAAGGACGGCGGCAACUCGGCCAUUAUUGCGACCAAGCUGCAACAGUACAGCGUCCAGUCCAACACCGCCGCGCAAGUCGGCCUCUGGACCACGAUGGAGAUGGGCGCCACUAUCUCUACCGAGAUUGGGGCCUUGCCCAUGGAGAGGGGUUAUUCGAUACUGUACGGUGAGAACGGGUUUGACAGUCUAGGGUAUAUCUUGGCUGUUUGCGCCGUCCUGGCCAUCUAUCCUGGCUUCUUCUCGCUGUACGUUGCCUUCGAGAGGUCGCACAUGAUCCGCCAACUCGAGUAUACAAACGGUGUCCGGCCGUUCCCCCUUUGGAUGUCGCACCUGCUUUUCGACUCGUCCAUCGUGCUCGUGGCCUCGCUCGUGUUGGUGGGCACUAUCUCAUCGCAGGUCGGCUACACGUGGUAUGAGCCUGGAUACAUGUUCAUCGUGGCCUUUCUGUACGGCCUCGCAUCGAUGCUUGUGGCCUACUUGGUCUCGGCCAAGCUGGCCCGCACGCAGCUGGCCGCCUUUAUGUGGACAUUCAUGCUCAACAUUGUCGGUUACCUGGCCACGUUUCUGGCCUUCUUCAUCGCGCCUUUCAACACGGAACCGGAGGAUCUUCUCAGGGUCACCGACUCCUUCUCGUGGGGCCUCGGAGUCAUCUUCCCGGUUGCGAGCAUGCUCAAGUCUUUCAUGGUGGGCCUCAACACCUUCAAGCUCGCAUGCCGCCCGGAUGGGCACAUCCCGUAUGGCGGGCAUAUCCACGGGUACGGAGGGCCUAUCCUCUUGCUGCUCAUCCAGAUCGUGCUCCUGGCGCUGCUGCUGGUGUGGCUCGAAUCGAGCAACAGUUUUGCGGCCAUGGGCAGUUUCCUCAGGCAGGCGGUGCAGCAAAAGAAGCUGCCAGCGGACGGGACAGUGGAGGACGAAGAGGCCGAACUGACAGGCGCGGCCACGGACGGUGUCUCUAAGGAGGCGGCGCGGGUGGGGACGACGACGACGGACCUGCUGCGCGUGUCUCACGUCAGCAAGUCGUUCGGCAGCAACAAGGCGGUGGAUGACGUGACGUUCGGGCUGGGCGAGGGCGAGAUCCUGGCGCUGCUGGGCCCCAACGGGGCGGGCAAGACGACGCUGAUCAACAUGAUUACGGGGGAGCUGCGGCCGGACGCGGGCGGGAUGAUGCUCCGGGGCGUCGACGUGCACAGGCAGACGCGGCUUGCGCAGCGGUCGCUCGGUGUGUGCCCACAGUUCGACGCGCUGGACCUCAUGACGGCGCGGCAGCACCUCGAGUUCUACGCGCGCGUGCGCGGCGUCGACGACGUCAAGCGCAACGUGGACGCGGUGCUCGACAAGACGGGCCUGACGUCGCACGCCUCGCGGGCAGCCAGCAAGCUGUCGGGCGGCAACAAGCGCAAACUCAGCCUGGGAAUCGCGCUCAUCGGCAACCCGGACGUGCUGGUGCUGGACGAGCCCAGCUCGGCCAUGGACGCGGCGUCCAAGCGCGUCAUGUGGCGGACGCUGGCCGAGGUCGGGCCCGGCCGCAGCCUGCUGCUGACGACGCACAGCAUGGAGGAGGCGGACGCGCUCGCGACGCGCGCGGCCAUCGUAUCGAAGCGUCUGCUGGCCAUCGGCACGACGCAGCAGCUCCGGGGCCGGUACAGCAACCUCUACCACGUGCAGCUGGUGCUGCGGUCGGCGCCUGAGUCGACCCGCGACGAGAUGGAGCGGGUCGAGGCCUGGGUCCGGGCGCGGUUCGGCGGCACCGUGGCGUUCGAGGGGCGCAGCCUCGGCGGGCAGGUCAAGUUCACGGUGCCCAACAGCGAGGCCGGGCGCGGAAGCACGAGCAGCAGCAUCAGCAGGGCGGCCACGGCCGACGGCGAGGCCGUACUGCCCGAGGACGAGCUCAGCGGCAGCAGCGGGGAAAGCACCACCCGCGGCGAUAACAAGACCAUCGGAGAGGUCAUCCAGACGCUCGAGGCGCACAAGGAGGAGCUCGGGCUGCUGGACUACAGCAUCGGGGCGCCGACGCUGGAGAAGGUCUUCAUGUCAGUGGUCAAGGAGAACUACGUCGAGGAUGAGGGCAGGAAGCGGCGGUGGUGGCAGUUUGGGAGGAGGAAGGUGUAG